GUUGCUUUUUUUGCUUCUUUUUUAUUCAGUUGUUGGAUUCUAAUUUCACUCGCUUUUGUCAUUUGAAGAGCUCGUGAUAACUAUAUUUCUCAAAUAGACUAUGGCGGACAAAGGUGUGUGUUUAUUUUUGCUGUUUGCUGUUUGCCAUAAAGCGCCUUGUCUCGCAUUCAGACCAAAACAAAAACAACACGCGCAUUUUGUCCGUAAUUCUUAAUUCUCAUUGCAUUUCCCUGUUUUUUUCUAACUCUUCGGCUUUGGUAGAGGACUACGGCAAGGCACUCUGCACAAUGCGCCUGUUCGAUUCCGGAGACUCAGUGGACCCAAAGGCAAACCUUUUGCAGACCUGGUACAUGUAUUGCCGCAGCCGGAGCGACUAUUCGGACGAGACCUGCGACGAAACCCGCCUGCUGGAGUAUGCAGACUACCUCUUCGAGCAGACACAGGGCGAUCAGUGCGACUCUGCGAGAUCACAUUUUUUGUCUGUACAAACGCGACUAGCUAUUUUGUGGACAGUUUGGCGCGUUCCUGCGGACUGCAACAGGCGGCGCCGCAAGCAGAUAUUCAACGAGUCGUUUAAGCCCAUUGGCAGGCAUGUUGAGGAUCGGAUUAACGAGAUCUACCAUAUUACACCUUUUGGCAAGUCAAGCGAGCCCAAUGCCGAAGUUGUUGCGCCCAGUGAUGCUUUCGGAUUGGUGCCUGCGGCUACCCCAAUGCUUUUCCACGCGAGCUGUGACGACGAGGACGCUCUAGACAUUGCGGCCCCAGAAAAGGUUGUUGGUUUGCCUCAAUUGGAUUCAAGAGACCCGGGGGAACCACUGGCAGUAUAUUCGAGCUUUGGAAAGCACAAGACUGAUUUGUGCGGCGAGUUUCGAGAGCUGGAGCUGGCGAAGAGCGACAAGAAAUGGCGGGUAUUCAUAAAGGAGAGUGACGUGCUGCUCAACUGCAUCCUUUUGCGGAGGUCGUCCUACUGCAGUCUCAAGAUGCGCCUAUGGCACUUGCUUUCCGUUUCGACUUGGCUUGACUCUGAUGUCAUAUUUAACAUCUCUCUUGGGUCGCUGUUGCUCGGAAUAUCUACCUCUCAGUCGGCGUUCCCGGGAACUGAGUGCAUUGUCAUCGAUAGCGCCAAGAUCAGAUGCACCGCUUUUUUAGACGACAACGACGACGAUUAUGUCGAGGGCGUAGCUCGGUUGCGGCGAAGCAAGAGCGCCAACCGGAUCGCCCAUCCCAAGGUUGAGCUUGUUAGGCACAGUCUCGCCGUACAAUGCCCAUGGAACGCGCUGUCAAUGCUACUCUUCUACAAGUGGCACGUGUUGAAGGAGCCGCUUCCGAACUUUAGGGACGACUCGUGGAGGGAAACACUCUUGUUUGGUACCAACGACAGCGAAUUUGAGAUGCGUGACGACCAGCUCAAAUAUCUAUGCGGUGACCAGUACGAGGAAUACUUGAAGGUAUCGAGCGGCAGCACACAGUCGUACAAGCGCAUGUACCGACGCUCCUUCAGUGUUAUGGCAGAUAUGAUUACAAAGUCGUCCGUAUUUAAGCGGACCUUAUCGACAGCGAACAGCAUUACUAUGGAUCAUCACGUCUUGGGCAGCAGCGUGUUCCCAAUGAUACAGUCUGUGAAUGCAGGAGUCGAUGACUUUUCGUCGAACAAGCCUCAUGACAUUCCGCGGCGGCAGUACGUUGUGGAAAAUGAGCUGAAGGAUUUGAUCUUUCCCUUUCUCGACGACGAAGUUACGUUCAGGUUCUACGAGGGCGAAGGCAACAAGAGCGACUGGCACAAAUCGCUGGCAGGGUUCUGCAAGGUGCUCAAUACUCUGCGGUUGGUUCUUUUGCAAGACAUGAUGCUGCUGUUUGAUGUGAAAUUCUACCGCAGAAUGCUUCGCGGAAGCGCAAUGAUGUCCUCAGCCGUUUUCCAGUCGACGCUGUUUGCCAACUGUUCGAAGGAGAUAGGUGAGGCCGCAUGGCAGGCUGAGGCUCUGUCGCUAACCCUCAAUAUGCCAAAAGAUAUUAUUUUGACUCGAGUGGUACCCGAAGCAGCACAUUACUUGCACACAUCCGCUGUUGAAUCGGCAUUCGAGCCCGUUUCUGCGCUUGGGUCUGCGCUCGCGCUCGCGUCCGAUUUGACAAACCCCACAAAAAUGAAAAGUAUGAUAAAGUCCAUGGAUCCUCAAAAGCGUAGACACAGCACCUUUGGCGACGAAUUGCUGUCAUCUCCGACAUCGACGCCCAAGAAAAAAACGCACAUGGAGCCGCAUAAGAGGAUCAAACGCGUAAACACUACAGAUAUUGCUGAUUUUAUUGGUGUCGGCGAAUCUUCCGUUGGAGGUAAUUCACCGCUGGCAUCUUCACCAACCCCCGUCAAUGACAUUGGUGUCAUUUGUAUUGAUAGCGACAACGAGCACAGCGUUGCCGAACACCAAGACCUGCGGGGUCAGCAGGGCGCAGUUGCCGCCGGUGAGCUGGGUUUCGGGUUUGGGUUAUCUGCCUAUACGGACGCCCAAUGUGUAUUGGAUGACGUUGUCGGGCAAGAGCAAAACCAAGAUGUUGAUCAUACUAACGACGAGACUAUGGACGGUAAGUAUGAGGAGGAGGAGCCGAUUGAGGAUAACUACAACAGCAAGAGAAAUAGUCAUAGUCGAGCUGCUGCUGCGAUUGACCAGGCAACCGCUCUCGGGGACGAACCCGUGGCUGGUGAUCCGUUGCAGGAGUCGGGCAAUGAAGCCUGGCCUUCUGAUGAACCAAACGCACAAUGGACUGAGACGCUGGUUCAGUACGUGGCCGAUAACAGUGCUGAGGCUGAGCCUGCGCGUGGGACCGAGGUGUCAUCUACUGUCGUGAGCACCGGGUCCUGGAACGAGGAUGUCGAAAUCAUCAGCUUGCAAAAGGAACGCGACAAUUUGAAGCGCAGGUGCGACAACGCAAUUAUCCACCUCAACAAGCUCCAAACCAUUAUGCUUAACUUCCUGCAGCCUGCGAAGGAGUCCCUCAAGUCAAACAUUCGGGAUUUAAAGCACAUCGAGAAGAGGCAGAACAGCAUUAAUUUACUGGCUGAUAGUUCCUUGCAGCAGUUGGACUGGUCGAGCUGCCCUACUGAUUUGCAUGACGAUAUAAAGUCGUACCAGACCGAAAUAGCGGAAAUCGGAAAAAAAAUCAAAAGCGCCCGGUCAACCAACAAAACUGCCAACAGGCUACUGGCAAACGCAGAACGCGACAUAACCAAAACCAUCGAAGACAUUUCAAAUGUUCUCAAGCUCGAGUCAAGCGGCGACGAUUCUACGGACAACAGCAGCAUGUUUGGUAUGACUGACAUUGAUGACAACGAUGCUAUGAGAGGCGCAAUUUAGUUAAUUUUAGUUUGCUAAUCUAUUCAACAAUUUUUAAAUAAACCUCCAAACGUAUUGGCAAUUAAACAGUGC